UUGUUUCAGUGUAGCUACGGUUUGUUAAUAUUAUGCAAAGUAUACAAAGUAAACUUCAUCAUUCAGCUGAACUGAGCACAUUUAUUUAGAUACUUCAUGUCUUAUUUAAUUCAUCCCAUAAACGCAUGUCCCUGCUGAGCUGGGCUAUGACUAAUUUCACGGGCAAAGCUGAAAAAACUUUUUUCCAGCUUCAUAUUAUAGGAAGGAUACAUUAUACGACCUAUCCUACAGUCAUCAUGGUGAGAUUAGGUUCCUUUUAAUCUAAAAUAAAUAAAUAAUCGAAAACAACAGUGAGGAAUCGUUCCAUUCGAUUCCAGGACCAGGAUUGCGAUUGCAAAAAUUGUGGAAUCGAACAGCCCUACUAAGCAAUAGAUGGCUACUAAUGGACCGAGGAAUUGGACCUACCCCCCAGUCGGUUACCACAUCCAAUCAGUGUGCGCAGCAUCGUCGACAUCCAAUCACUAUGUAGAAGUCUUGGAGGCAAUUAGCUCCAGUAGCCAUAUAGUAACGGUUAAUGUUUGAAAUUCAUCACUGAAACUCAGGCGGUAACAAGGUAAAGUUAGCACCAUGUAUGGGUUGUUUUAUUUCGUUGACGGCUCCGUUAUUGGAGAGAGUACAUCUAUUAUACAGGAUGCAUAUAUAAAUGCUGGUGUUACAGUGAUUUGCAAGGAAGACAUCCAGUCCCAGGAAGGCUGGAUAGAGGUGAUUUUGCCAGCUAAACGCAGGCAAGAUCCGAAGCCGGUUGCAGCCAAACUGCUGUUCAUGACGGAAAACUACAAAGUAGUCCAGAAGCGUGUCGCUUUUCUCAAAUGGGGGGAUAUAUGGUCUUCCAGUCAGUCUGGCCAGGAGAAGGGGGUGGUGAAGCAAGGAAUGACUUCUGGUUCACAGAUGGCCAAGAUAGGCGAACAGCUCAAGAGGGACCUCAAACAGCAAGCUACAAGACAACUCCGUUCUACUCCUGCUAGAUAUGAGUCUGAUUCUGAUGACACAUGUUGUGAUAUUUUUGAUCCUCCCAAAAAACGAAAAAUGGUGAUUAACACCAGUGAGGAGGAGGAGGACGCCAUCCCUCAGGUGGAGUCUCAGCGGCCUGGGACAGUGCCUGCAGUUUUUGUUGAACUGGAUGAGGACAGUUUAAAGGCUCUGAAAGAUGCAGUGAGCGAGCGAAUCCCCAACACCGAGGUGGCAGAGAUCCGGGCCCUUCUAUGGAGGAAGUGCAGCAAUAAGAGCUACAAGUCCUCUAGUAACUCAAGUCAGAGCUAGAUAUGCAUUUGUAGUAAGUUGUUUUGCCAUUGUUCUGUUCCCGGCAUUUCAGAGAUAGUCGACUGUUCAAGGUACCUCCUUUUGCAAAUAUCUGCUUUUGUGUGUUACUUUUGUGUUAAUAAUAAAGAAGAUUUUCUGAAAUUCAAUUUGUAAUCUGUUGAUUUUAAUCUACUUGAACUGAAUUGUAAUAGAAUACACUUGUAGUGUAAUACCAACAUUCAUGCUUAAGUAUAACAAAAUGGGGAUAAAAUUACAAAUGAAAUGUACUUUCAAUUUGUUUCUACCUUAAACUAUAAUAACAUUGCACUGAAAGUACGUGUCUAUGACGUUUAGGUUGUAAUUGAACUUCACUUCAAAAACAUUAUUAUUUUCAUAGUGGGACACUUUAAAAUCACUAAAUAUAGUUAGGAAGUACAUUUGUAGAUCACUUGAAAUGUUACAGCGGCAUACUAAAUUAACAGUUUAUGGUAAUUAUAAGUAUGAUAGCAGUAUUCACAAAAUGUACUUAAACACAACUAUAAUUUGCACUGCAAUGCCUUUUUAAGUGUAUUUCCAUUAGAAUGUCAAUACAAUUCAAUUGUACUGUUAGUGUGCUUAAUUGCUCAUGAAUCUUGAUUUUCAUUAGUAUAUUUCAGUGCACUUGAAGUUUAAAAAU